AUGCUGGUCUUCGUAGGCGUCGUUCCAACCAAUGCGGAGCGUCAAGAAGAAACCGAACGUCUGUGCGGCAAACUGCUCUACCAAGCCGAACCCACAAUCACACCACACGACCUCUUCUGCGCUGGCUACAAGUUCACGUCCGUCAGUCAACCAUCAGGGUCCUGGUACGAGGUUGGUCGACGCUUCGUCCGCAAACGGAGGGGAAUUAGGUCCCCAGAGGUGCUUGUCUACACCGACGCUUCGUGCUGGAACCCCGGCACCGAUUAUGCCACAGCAGAAUGCAUUGUCGCCUAUGAACCUAUGCGCGACGCACCGGAGCACUUCAACGAGGAUCACUCAUUCAUGGACAUCGCGCACAAGCACAAGGUCAACUUACCGGACCGGACGUUCGAUAGCGCGCACACUUAUGUCCGGCCUACAAGUAACCGCGCCAAAUUGUACGCGGCAAUCCUCGCGCUGAACAAGUGUUCAUGGCAUCUGGAGGGUUGGGCAACAGUGGUCAUUGCCGGCGACUUGGAGUACGUUGUCAACGGGAUCACUGAUUGGGUGUGGCGGUGGCGGGAGAAUGGGUGGAGGAGGGCCGAUGGGCAGCCGGUUCUGAACGUCGACCUUUGGGAGUUCUUGCUCGGUCGUGUCCUCAAUCUUCAAGAACAAGGCGUUGCCGUCAAGUUCUGGAAAGUCCCGCAUGUGAAGACCUGA